AUGGACACAAAGAUCCCUACUUGUUCAGCACCAACAACUUCCUCGGACGGCAGACAUGGGAGUUUGAUCCAGACGCCGGCACAGUGGAGGAACGGACCGCCGUCGAAGAAGCUCGCCGGAAAUUUUUUGAUGAUCGUUUUCGGGUUAAAGCUAGCAGUGAUCUCAUAUGGCGUAUGCAGGUAA